AUGGGUGUCUUGAGCUGCAUGAAGUACCUGAUGUUCGUCUUCAACGUGCUGGUGUUUGCUGGGGGGACAUGCCUGACAGGCAUGGGAGUGUGGGUGGCCACAGACCCGGCUGGUUUCCAGGACAUCGUGGCUGCCAGGUCCGUGCUGAGCGCAGGUGCAUGGCUGCUGCUGGCUGUGGGCAUUGCCCUGUCCCUGCUGGGCUUCCUGGGCUGCUGCGGGGCCCUGCGCCGGAGCCGCCCGCUCCUGCUGCUGUUCUUCAUCCUUGUCAGCUUCGUCUUCCUCGCACAGCUUGUUGGGGCCAUUCUCUUCCUGGUGCACUGGAAACAGGUGCAGCCCGAGCACUUCCUGUCUGAGCUACAGAAGAACUACGGUGGGGAUGAGAGCGCUGAGGUCUUCUCCACAGCCUGGAACACCCUCAUGGUCACGUUCUCGUGUUGUGGUGUUUUAGGACCCAAAGACUUUGGGAAUGGCUCCCGCUUCCAGGAGCUGCACCCAGGGAUGCCAUGGCCACAGGCGUGCUGUGCCCGGGAUGGGUUUCUGCUGGCAGGAGAGCUCCUAGGCUGGGAGCAGUGCCAGGACAGAAGCCCUGGCUACAUCCAUGAGCAGGUAUGA